AUGUAUGUGAAAUGGUUUGAUACAGUAAUGUUUUACUAUGUGAUUUUAGUGAAUUUAGUGAAUGUCACUUUUUGUCGUAUUCAAAUUUCCCACCAGUUCCGUCCCCGUAUGCCCUGACGUCGCAGGGGACGGAACCCAGAAGACAGAUGCCGGCAUCCACCGGAGGACAUUACAGGGGACACUGCAGGAGGGACAUUGCGGGAGCGCAGGACAAGGUAAGAGAAGAAGAGAUCCCGGAGCAGCGCUGCAAGGUACUCCCAAGUGUAGCUCGGGGUUACCGCUUGUGCUACACUCGGGAAUACCGCCAGGGAGGUUA